UCUACAUCCAAGCCUCCUCUUUAACCCUCCAUUUCUUUUAAACCUUAAGAAAUGAUUUAAAGAACCCUUGUGAAGUAUCAUUGGAUUGGAUCUUCAGUUUGCUCCUCCUCAGGGAUCAGGGGCACCAGUGGGAAGUCUUGAAAGCUGGUCUGCGAGACCCUCUUUCCUCCUUUGACCAUCCAUCUCUCUACCCCAGGCGGCUAGAUCCCUUCUGACUAAUUGUCCUUCUGACUAAUUCUCACUAUGGGAGUUUCCAUCAUGGGGAAAUCUGAAAGCCAAAUGGGUAUUGUGGAGAAUUCGACCAGAUCUAGAAAGAAGACCUGGAGUGUCCUGGAGCUGGGUCUCUCAGUCCUGCUGCUUCUCAUGACUUGCUCCUUGGUCACAUUGGUGAUCCUCUACAUGGAAGUCAAGGGGAAGCCACUGCUGCUAUUUCCCAUUUCGUUCUAUAUCCCAAGAGAAGAGAAGACUUUUGUAAGAAGAGAUUUCCAAGACCCCACAAUUGCUACCAGUUUUGGAGAAAUCUGUGUCCAUCCUGGCUGCGUGAUAGCAGCUUCUAGGAUCAUUCAGAACAUGGACCCCACCAGCGAGCCUUGUAAUGACUUUUACCAGUAUGCUUGUGGAGGCUGGAUUAACCGUCAUGUGAUUCCUGAGAGCAGUUCCCGAUACAGCAUCUUUGAUAACCUGCGGGAUGAACUGGAAAUCAUACUCAAAGGUGUGCUGGAGACCCCCAAAGAGGGAGACCGGAAUGCCAUUCAAAAAGCAAAGACGCUCUAUAGUUCCUGCAUGAAUGAAAGUCUGAUUGAAUCACGGGACUCUAAGCCACUGUUAAAGAUCUUAGAAAGUGUGGGAGACUGGCCAGUGGCUACUGACAACUGGAAGGAAGUCAGAGAACCCUAUUGGGUCAUGGAAGAGAAGCUGUCAAUGAUGAACUCCCAAUUCAACAAACGGCUCCUCAUUGACAUGUUUGUUUGGAACGAUGACCGAGACUCCAGAAGUCACAUCAUCUAUAUUGACCAGCCAUCACUGGGCAUGCCUUCCAGAGACUACUACUUCAACAGUGGCAACUACCAAAGGGUCCGGGAAGAAUACUUCCAGUUUAUGAUUAGUGUAGCUAAGAUGAUUCGGGCUGAUCUAAACUUCACCAAAGAUGAUGAGUUUGUGGAGAAUGAGAUGUUGCUGGUGAUGAAAUUUGAAACUGAACUUGCCAAUGCCACUUCACCUCAAGAGGAAAGACAUGAUGUCACUCUCCUAUAUCACAGAAUGAACAUAUCUCAACUCCAGAAUACCUUUUCAUUCAAGGUAUGUGACCCUUUCUCACAGAACUUCAACUGGACUGUCUUUAUACAAAUUAUCAUGUCCUCUGUCAACAUUGAUGUCCUGGAGAAUGAGGAGGUGGUGGUAUAUGGAAUGCCUUACCUUCAUAAUCUUCAAGAAAUCAUCAGAAAGUACCCAGCCAGAACUAUCCAAAACUACCUGGUCUGGCGCUUGGUGCAGGAUCAAAUUAAUAACCUGAGCCAUCGAUUCAAGGAAACCCGAGUCAACUAUCGCAAAGCUUUAUAUGGGACUUCACUGGAGGAUGUACAGUGGCGGGAAUGCGUGCGUUACGUCAACAACAACAUGGAGAGCGCAGUGGGUGCCCUCUACGUGAAACAAUCAUUUGCUGGUGAGAGUAAGAGGAUGGUCAGUGAUCUCAUCCAAAAAGUACGAGAGGUGUUUAUUGAGACCCUCAAUGAGUUAAAAUGGAUGGAUGAAAUAUCCAAGAAGAGAGCUCAGGAGAAGGCCACAGCCAUCAAGGAGCAGAUUGGCUACCCAGACUACAUUUUAGAAGAACAAAAUAAGAAACUCGAUGAUGAAUAUUACCAGCUGAACUUCACAGAGGAUAUGUUCUUUGAGAAUACAUUGGAGAAUCUUAAGUCUAAUGCACAGAAAGGUCUGAAGAAACUGAGGGAGAAGGUGGACCAGGAUGUCUGGAUCAUUGGGGCAGCCGUAGUCAAUGCCUUUUACUCUCCAAAUCGAAACCAGAUUGUGUUUCCUGCUGGGAUCUUGCAGCCCCCCUUCUUCAGCAAACAGCAACUUCAGGCCUUGAAUUUUGGAGGGAUUGGGAUGGUGAUUGGCCAUGAGAUCACACAUGGGUUUGAUGACAAUGGCAGGAACUUUGACAAAGAUGGAAACAUGUUGGACUGGUGGAGUAACUUCUCAUCCCAGCAUUUCAAGGAACAGACAAAUUGCAUGGUAUAUCAGUAUGGCAACUAUACCUGGGACCUGGCAGGUGGCCAGCACGUGAGUGGCAUUGGCACACUAGGAGAAAACAUUGCAGAUAAUGGAGGCAUACGGCAAGCUUAUAAGGCUUACAUAAAGUGGAUGGAACAAGAAGGAAGAGAACCCACACUGCCAGGACUGAAUCUUACCCAUGAACAGCUUUUCUUCAUCAACUUUGCCCAGGUUUGGUGUGGAUCCUACAGACCGGAAUAUGCCAGUCAGUCCAUAAAGACAGACGUCCACAGUCCUCUGAAGUACAGGGUCAUGGGAUCCUUGCAAAACUUUGAAGCCUUUUCAGAAGCCUUCCAUUGCCACAACGGGACAGUAAUGCAUCCUGAGGAGAAAUGCAGAGUGUGGUAGCCUAAGACCGAGCUCAAAACCUGUGCUUCAAUCCCCCAGUCUGUUCCAAGCAGUCCAGGAGACCAGCUUUAAUGACUGGAUCUCUUCUUGGGGCCAUCUGUGUGCCCUGUGCUUUCUCCCCUUCUGUCCUAGCCCAGGACAGAGCCUGCCCCAGGUAUUGUCUCUGCCCAGAGGCAGACAUAAGAAUGGAAAUGCCUGCGGUUCUCAGGCACUUGUUAGCCUGAGACUGGGGAGCUCCUUUUUGGGGGGAAAUGACUGUUUCAAAUGACAUUUAGACUGUUAUUAAUCCAUCUAAUUCUUUUUUUUUUAAAUGUAUACUUGUCAGCCAGGAUCAUUAACACAAGAAGUCUGGAGCCUAAAUGGAUUAUAACCCACUUGAGGUGUUUCACUAAAUGUAAUCCAAUCAUACCUCUUAGCUGCUACUGUGUUACCUCUUCCUGGCUAGCCCAACAGAUUUGCUUUUGGAUAUAUUAAUUUGUAAUCCUGUAUCAACUUUCCCAAGCACCUGGUAUGUGUUGAAUAUCUAAGUGUUUCAGACUCAAGCAAAAUAAACCAUCUUAAGCCAA